AUGUGAGUUUCCAGUGUUUGUUAUAGUUUAAAACCGUACAAAAUGAUGCAAGAGUACGAUGACGAUUUCUUCUUCGAGGAAGACAAAAUGUAUGUCACAGUAUUUUAAGCUUUAUCAGCUACAUCCUUUUCCCUUGAUAUCUAUUGGAAUAUUUCAGUGUUGUUGAGUUGAGUGUUGUGCAAGCAUGAAUCAAGACUUACAGCGUACGAUCAUGUUCGAAGAUAAAAUAAUUACUAAAACGGAAAUGACAAGUAGUUUGCUUUUACCAGUUGAUGAAAGUCCUACUAUGAAAGUUCAGGAUACAGCAAAAAUGGAGGACGACAAUAUUCUUGAUUUCAUUGCCGACGACGAUCUACACUGCAUUGCUCGUGAUUUGAGAGAAGAACGCUAUUUAUUGCAAUACCAAAACUUGAUGGGAAUGACGGUAACUUCGGGCAGUGUCGUGUUGAAUAAGGACGAGAAAAACCUCAUCGGUAUCAGUAUAGGCGGAGGGGCGCCACUCUGUCCCUGUUUAUACAUCGUCCAGAUCUUUGACAACACUCCAGCCUCAAAAGAGGGGACACUGCAGAGCGGAGAUGAACUGGUGGGAGUGAACGGACAGACUGUGAAGGGAAAGACGAAAGUGGAAGUGGCGAAGAUGAUUCAAGCAGCUAAGGACCAAGUAACAAUAAACUAUAACAAACUACACGCAGAUCCUAAGCAAGGGAUAUCUCUAGACAUAAUAAUGAAAAAGAUGAAACAUAGACUGGUAGAGAACAUGUCAUCAGGCACUGCUGAUGCUUUGGGACUGUCCCGAGCCAUUCUAUGCAAUGACACCCUAGUUGCCAAACUAAACGAGCUGAGAGAGACAGAAAAUACUUAUAAACGAUUAGUGGAAUUCGCGAAAAGAAUGCUGAAAUCAUAUUUCGAUGUGCUACAAACGUAUAAGGCGUUGGGGGAUAUCUUCGCUGCCAUAGGAGUAAGGGAACCACAAGCGAGGGCGUCCGAGGCCUUCACGAGGUUUGGACAAUACCAUCGUGAAUUAGAAAGAGAUGGCAUCAAAAUGCUGAAGACUUUGAAACCCAUCCUAGCCGAUAUGGGGACGUAUUUGCACAAAGCUAUACCAGAUACGAAGCUAACGAUUCGGAAGUAUGCUGACACUAAGUUCGAAUACCUCUCCUACUGCCUGAAGGUCAAAGAGAUGGAUGAUGAGGAGUAUGGAUACAACGCGCUACAGGAGCCUUUGUAUAGGGUGGAGACUGGAAACUAUGAGUAUAGGUUAAUCCUUCGCUGCCGCCAAGAAGCACGAGCAAGGUUUGCCCGAUUGAGAUCCGAUGUACUGGUAAAAUUGGAACUGCUGGACAAUAAGAAGACGCAAGACGUGGCCUAUCAGCUGAGGAGGUUUAUACAGGGACUGGCUGUUUAUCACAACGAAACCGUCAACCACAUAAAGGAGAACGCAGGUCUGUUUCCAGUGGAAGUGGAUUUGUCGCAAAAUGCCUUCCAAUAUAAGUCCACAGCGCAGAUUAUACAGGAUAACCCAGAAGAAGAUGAUAUUGAAUAUGCCCAAGAAAUCCAGGAAUAUCACGACUUACCUGAUGGCAACACCAAUCAGAAAGUUUCCAACCGUUGCCAGAAUAAGGAUAAAAGCGACAGUGAUACCACAGAACAGUUGCUACCGGGUUUGACGGAUGAUGUCAAACUUGACAUGUCUCCACUGACUGCCAAAAAUGAUAACCUGUCACUUUUAACUGACAAUGUUAAACUUGAUAUGGAACACUUAACUAUCAAGCCUGAAGAUAAUUUAACACUUUUAACAGAAUUAGGAUUAGCAGACACGAAUAAAACUGACGAUUUUGGUGACUUCCAAAAAGGGAUGAGCACAUCAAAUGAUACUGAUGAUGUUUUUGAUAAGUUACUUAAUGAUUUGCAAAUAGGUAAUUGAAUUUGUUAUACAAUAAAAUAUUAUUAGAACUAA